CGCCUGUUGGACAGCGCGUUACAAUUCCAUAGUCAUAGAAUUGUAACAAGGUUUAAGGUUUCAUCGUAUAGAAAAACAGCACCCAGGAAGACACGAUGAGGCUUCUUUUAGCUUCAGUGACGUUGUGUCUUACGGUAUCGCUUUGCAUGUGCGGAAGUAACGGAGGAUACGGCGACAACGGAGGAAGUAACGGAGGGUACGGCGACAACGGAGGAAGUAACGGAGGGCACGGCAACAACGGAGGAAGUAACGGAGGGUACGGCGACAACGGAGGCAGUAACGGAGGGUACGGCGACAACGGAGGAAGUAACGGAGGGCACGGCAACAAUGGAGGAAGUAACGGAGGGUACGGCGGCAACGGAGGAAACAACGGAGGAUACGGCGGCGAUAACGGAAGACACGGAGGAAAUAACGGAAGAAAUAGCUACGGAUUAGAUCCAUCAGAAUUUUCUCACAUAAGCGGAAGUGGCUACGGUGGAGGGAUACACGAUGAUCACAGCACAGGUCUAUACGACACCGGCUAUGGUGGAGGAGUUGAUCACGCCUACAAGGAGAAAUUCGGAGUAGAUCACGGUCUUGUCUUCGACUUUGGCCCGAUCUACUGGCCACCCAAAAAGCAGUACUACAAUGGGGGAGGCUAUGGCGGCUACGGCGGAAAUCGCGUCGUGAGUCCUGCGGAUGGCAAGUCGAAAGGUGCAACCUUCGCUAGAUUCAGUGUCGACGGCUUUGACUUCACGAGCAUAGGUCUAUUCGGCAAAGGUAUGCAUGGAAAUUACGGUGGUGGUAAAGGCGGGGUUAAGAACAGUUUUGGAAGUAGUAAGGGCAGAAUCAGUCAUUAUUAGAACCGUUGUUAGAAGAUGAUGUUGGACCAGCUCGAAUAUAAUCGCAUGGAUUAUAUUACAUUAUAGGAUGUUAUAGGCAUAAAGGAACAUAUUUUCAUGUAAAUAGUUUAGGAUCAGCGUGUAAAGAAACGAUUUUCUUUCUACACUCACAUUGGCUGAUAUACCUACGAUUCUCAAGAUUUGCGAAACAUUUGUGUGUUAAGUCGUAUUUACACUUAUUAAGGUCGUUCGCAGUGUUGCAUUUGUUAUCUUUUACAUCUGUUAUAUAAUUGCUAUUAAUUGUUAAUAAAAACAGAUCACUGCUUAAA